GACGACGUCGUGUUAGCAGAGCAGACUAACCUCUAAGCCGUGCUGUGCUGUGCUGCUGCUGAUAACCCGUUUAGCCUUGAGCCUGCGGCGGUCGGUUGUUGGCGGCGGGGGAUGUUGAAGUUGAAAUAUAUUGGCCUCCGAGCCUUCACUAUCAUUGGUGAACAACAUAGCUUCAUUUCAUCCGCAGUCAAGCUCAGAUGCAAUGCCAGGAUAGAUAACCCAUUAUCCGCGAGGGCCUCGUCUUGCAUAACAACGUUUCCCCGGUCCUUUAAUUCUUCACCUUCUGAAUAUGAUGAUUACUCAGAAUUGGGCUCCCCAGUGCCUAAAGCUCCAAGUAAUCCCAGGAAGUUGAUGACAGAGAAGCCUGAGCCUUAUAUGCAGAAAACUAAUCGUAAGAAAAAUUCGUCUGGAAAGCCUUCAAAAAGCAGCAUCAGCUCAAAAGAUGUUUCCUCUAAACGGGAAACAAGCAGGAGAGCAAGUUUGGAUCUUGAGGUUAUUACAAAAGGCUUUGAUCUUCCAAUUCAUCCACCAGAUGACCAAGAGGCAGUUACCAUUAGAAUUACCAACAUAAACUCGGAGACAAGUGAUUCUGCAGUACACUCAAUGUGCAUGUCCUGUGGUAGCUUGGAGGGGGUUGUGAGGACAAAAGCAGAUGCAGUGGAUGCCUUGUUUAGCGUGAAAGACAACAUGGGCAUACAAAGUUUAAUUAGAAAGUUGAAUCGGACAAUCGUGAAUGAUCACAAAUGGUCAGCUAACUUACAUUCAAGAGACUCCGCCCCUGCAGUGACGAGCAAGCAAAGCAAUGCUAACUGCGAUUUGGGACUGGAUAUAAGCCGUCAUCUGGGUGACCUAAGAGGCCAAAUCACUUUGAAGACAGUGUGCAUAGAAGACUUGGAGUAUCUGCAUAAUGCCUUGUUGCAUCUUGAGGCUCAACCUGACAGAAGCAGUAGUAUUCCUAACAGUGACAGCUGAGAAACCAUGCAAUAGAUAAUGCACUAUACAGUGGAUAUUAAGAGAAUUAUGAAUAGAUGCUGACUUUGGGUUUGGUUUAUAAUUUUUAGGAUUGACUGGCCGCACGUUCUUGAUGUUUUGGAUUAUAAAGUUUAAUGGAGUUUAAUCAUUGUAAGUAU